AUUACCAGCUCCUAUAGAUAAUUAUGAAAAGAAAAUUGUUUUUUUAAUCUGAAUGUAACGUGCUGGCUUAAGUUUAUAAAGAAGUGCCUAAACUUGCGUGCCCACUAUAUCCUCCAUUAAAUCGUCCGAUACAGUCCACUGGGAGUUUUCUUUCAGAAACAUCAAUCACCAUGACAGUUCAAUCCUCUAAACAUCAAGAUGAUGCCGAGAAAAGUUCAAGGAGUUCUUAUUUUAAUUUACCAGCAUUGGAUGUUUCCCUUGCAUUCCCUCAAGCAACUCCAGCUGCCAAGUUCCCUCCUUCUGUGUCAGACUAUUAUCAGUUUGAUGAUCUCUUGACUUCUGAAGAGAUGGCUAUUAGAAGGAAAGUAAGAGAGUGUGUGGAAAAAGAAAUAGCUCCAAUAAUGGCAGAGUACUGGGAGAAGGCAGAGUUUCCAUUUCAUGUUGUUCCGAAGCUUGGUGCCCUUCAUAUUGCUGGCGGCACGAUCAAGGGUUAUGGAUGUCCUGGUCUGUCCAUUACUGGAUCUGCAUUUGCUACAGCAGAACUAGCUAGAGUUGAUGCUAGUUGCUCCACUUUCAUUUUGGUCCAUUCCUCUCUAGGCAUGCUCACUAUUGCACUAUGUGGGUCAGAGGCACAGAAACAGAAAUAUUUGCCUUCUUUGGCACAGUUAAACACCAUAGCAUGUUGGGCUUUGACUGAACCUGAUUAUGGAAGUGAUGCAAGUGCUUUGAAAACAACUGCGACAAAGGUGGAAGGAGGGUGGAUACUUGAGGGCCAAAAGCGUUGGAUAGGAAAUAGUACCUUUGCAGAUGUGUUGAUUAUUUUUGCAAGGAAUUUAACUACGAACCAAAUAAAUGGUUAUAUUGUAAAGAAGAAUGCUCCUGGAUUAACGGCUACAAAAAUAGAAAACAAAAUUGGUCUGCGGAUGGUUCAAAAUGGAGACAUUCUGUUGAAGAAAGUCUUCGUACCUGAUGAGGACAGAUUACCUGGAGUCAAUUCUUUUCAGGAUACAAGCAAGGUUUUGGCUGUUUCACGUGUAAUGGUUGCUUGGCAACCUAUUGGUAUAUCAAUGGGUGUCUAUGACAUGUGUCACCGGUAUCUGAAAGAGAGGAAACAGUUUGGUGCACCAUUGGCGGCAUACCAAAUCAACCAACAGAAACUUGUUCAAAUGCUGGGCAAUGUUCAAGCCAUGGUUCUUAUUGGUUUGCGCCUUUGUAAAUUGUAUGAGAGCAGUAAAAUGACCCCGGGUCAUGCCAGCUUGGGAAAGUCAUGGAUCACCGCAAGGGCUAGGGAAACAGUUGCUCUUGGACGUGAGUUACUUGGUGGCAACGGAAUUUUGGCUGAUUUUCUUGUUGCAAAGGCAUUCUGUGAUUUGGAACCCAUUUACACUUACGAAGGCACUUACGACAUCAACAGCUUGGUAACGGGUAGGGAAAUCACUGGUUUUGCAAGUUUCAAGGCGCCUCCACAGCGAAGCCGCCUUUGAUUUGAUGGUAACAUUAUCUUUCUUGUUAAUGAAAUAAGAUUGUUUCUAUCUUUGGGACAUGCUUCGAAUUUUAAUUGAGCCUUCCAUGCACUAUUAUAUUUUCCAUAGCCCUUUCAUUAUGCUUGUCGGAGUGCAUAAGAUUGAUGACGAGAGUGCUAUUAUGUUUUUAUCUUUGUUUUUUUU